UUCUUGUAUGUGGAGUUUCUUCAGACUUGUCUUCGAGUUUUACCUUUAACUGUUAAAGUUUUACGUGUUUAAAAGAAUUAGGAAGCGACAUGGUGGCCACCACGGAUCCCCGUUUAUCGCCAAAGGGUGAUGCUAAUUAUAGGUUGCAUUUUCGCAUGAUAAACGAGCAACAAGUGGAGGAUAUUUGUCUUGACUUCUUCUACAAGCCUCACACCAUCACCCUGCUGUCAGUCGCUGUGCUCAGCCUCAUGUACUUUGCGUUUACCAGGAAUGAUGAACAGUUUGACAACAAUCUCCGUGUUGGACUGUUAGUGGUCGUCUCCUUCUUCUUGAUCAUCAGUGUUUUGGCCUUUCCUAAUGGACCCUUCACAAGGCCACACCCUGCAAUAUGGAGGAUGGUGUUUGGUCUCAGCGUACUCUACUUCCUGUUUCUUGUCCUUCUCAUCUUCCUUAACUGGGACCAAGUGAAGACUCUCAUGUACUGGCUGGACCCAAAUCUGCGUUAUGCUAAACGGGAAGCUGACAUAAUGGAGUAUGCUGUAAACUGUACUGUGAUAACAUGGGAGCGUAUCCUGAGCCACUUUGAUAUCUUUGCAUUUGGCCACUUGGCAGGGUGGGCCAUGAAGGCUCUUCUGAUCCGGAGCUAUGGCCUGUGCUGGACCAUCAGCAUCACCUGGGAACUCACUGAGCUGUUCUUCAUGCACCUUCUGCCAAACUUUGCGGAGUGCUGGUGGGAUCAGGUGAUACUGGAUAUACUGCUGUGUAACGGAGGAGGUAUCUGGCUCGGUAUGACAGCCUGUCGUUUUCUGGAGAUGAGGACCUACCGCUGGGCAAGCAUCAAAGAAAUCCAGACCACCACGGGGAAGAUAAAGCGAGCUGUGCUCCAGUUCACCCCUGCCAGCUGGACGUACGUACGCUGGUUUGACCCAAAGUCUUCCUUCCAGAGACUCGCAGGCAUCUACCUCUUCAUGAUCUUAUGGCAGCUGACAGAGUUGAACACAUUCUUCCUGAAGCACAUCUUCAUCUUCCCGGCCUCUCACGCUCUCAGCUGGUGUCGUAUCCUCAUCCUUGGAAUGAUCACUGCACCCACUGUACGACAGUAUUACGCAUACCUGACAGACACUCAGUGUAAAAGAGUCGGCACACAGUGUUGGGUAUUUGGAGCCAUUGCCUUUCUGGAGGCUCUUGCUUGUGUGAAAUUUGGCCAGGAACUGUUUUCUAAGACACAAAUUUGCUAUGUGCUCCUAUGGCUGCUCUGUCUGGCACUCAUCACACUCAUUUGUUUGUAUGGCAUGGUGUGGUAUGAGCAAAAUAAAAUGAAGAACAUUAUUUUGCAAAGUGAGGACUGCAAAGACAGCAGUGUAGAUGACUCAUGUGCUUCUCUCCCAGAUGGCCUUUCAGCUCAGAAAAAAUCUUUGAGAAGUUUUCAAGCAGCAAAGCAGAGGAAGGUAUCCACUAGGCACUGAGUAUCCAUGCCUAGUUUGAAGAAGAUGAGUAAAAGACAUAGUCAACAAUUACCAAAUGGGAUUACAGAAUACAAUGAGUUGCAUCAGUAGUUUUAAUGGAAUCCAGAAUGGGAAAAGGGGAAAAAAGGUUAUCAAAGGGAGGGAUCAAUAAAACUAACUUUUAAUUUAACAUGUGCUGAAGUCGAGGGCAAAACUCGGCAGACUAGCGUCCAGAUUCUUUGUCUUGAUUUUAAAUAUGAUGAGUGUUAUUUGAAUUAUAAACCUUGUAUGGUUCUGUUUAUGUUCACUACAUCCAUGUUUGUCUGUUUAACAUCUGAAUGAAUGUUUGGAUUUGUUUGCACUGUGAGUCACUUCAGCCCAUACCCAUAGUCUUGAGCAUAUUUUCCACAACCACUAAUAUUUUUGCACUCGGCUUUAUUGGCUGUUCAAUGUUUGAAUAUGGCCUCAUAGUGAAUUUAUUACCUUUUUAAAAUAAUAUUUGGUGUGUGUGUGUGUGUGUGUGUGUGUGUGUGUGUGUGUGUGUGUGUGUGUGUGUGUGUGUGUGUGUGUGUGUGUGUGUGUGUGUGUGUGUGUGUGUGUGUGUGUGUGUGUGUGUGUGUGUGUGUGUGUGUGUGUGUGUGUGUGUGUGUGUGUGUGUGUGUGUGUGUGUGUGUGUGUGUGUGUGUCCAAUUUUACACAGGACAAGUACCGGUACUCGUUUUUUACUUGAAACAAAAUUGCACUUUUUCUAUGUUCUUCUUUUUGUUUUUUCUAAACCAGCAAGAGUUACUGAACCAAAGAUACACAAUUAGUUUGGUUGUUUUUUUUUCCUGACACCUGUUAAUGUGUUAAAGCACAAGUUGUUAACCUGUCAAAUAUGUAAUUUUUCUAUGUUUUACUGUGUUACUGAGCCUAAUCCUCUGAUGUUUAGGAGAAGACAGUAAUCAUUUAUUUUUUUUAAUUUAAAUGAUCAAAAAUUAAAAAGCUGUGCUGUGAAGAACUCAAUAUGAAACUGAUUAACCUCAUCAGUUCUUGAUAUUAUUACCUAACUUGCUUUAUAGUAAUUUAUUGUUAUAAAUAUACUGAUCAAAUUUUCUUUUGCACUAAAUGCUGGAUUGAUUUCAGGAAUCUUCACUGAUUUGAGUGCAGAAGUCGCCAUACUUACUAUAAAAUCUGUUCAUCCUAAAGGUCAACACACUGUUAUAUGGCUAAUGUAUGAUUUUUAUAAGAGUGGAUUUAUUUGUUUGUGUAAAUUCUUAAAUUAUUUAUUAUUAAACUUGAGAUG